ACCAAUUCAGCUUUAGAAAGCAAGUAAUUCCCAGUCUCUCUUUCUUUCUUUCUUUUUCUUGGUAGGGAAACUGUUCCCCAUUAUUUCAGAAAUCUAAAUCAUCAUGAUUCCCAAAGUUUUUCAAUGGCCAGAGGAUUGGAUUCAACCCCACAUGCUGUCACAGUUAAAAUUAAAACAACCCACCAAACAUUUAGCUCCAAACUUAAACUAAGAAAUAGAAAAGAGUAAAAUUGCAGGCUGUAGGUAGGCUGCUCUCUCUCACAUUCCAUGUGAAAUCCCCAAGCUCCCUCUCUCUCUCUUUCCUCUAUCUGAUGCAUUAUAUAAGCAGCUACUGUGACACACUUUUUCUUCACACUCCAGGUCCUUUUUAUUUCUUUUGAAAAACCCAACAAAUUGGAAUUGAAAAUAUUGUGGGAUCGAAAACCAAGAAACAGGAAUAAUGGGUUACCUAUCCAAAGCUGCAGCAGCUGCAACUGCUUCUCUGUUUUUAACUCUGUUUCUGGUUUCCCACCAAACAAAAGCACAAGAUUUCAAUUCCUUGUUGCACAAUAACAAUGCUACAAACGCAGACGAAGUAGUAGUAGCUAGAAAACUUGCAGGAGGUAAGUGCAACUGGUUCAGAGGCUCAUGGGUUUACGACGCUUCGUAUAAUCCUCACUACGAUUCCAACUGCCCCUUCAUAGAUCCAGAAUUCAACUGCCAGAAGUAUGGCCGCCCUGAUAAAUCUUAUCUCAAAUAUCGAUGGCAGCCUUCUUCUUGUUCACUCCCCAGGUUUAAUGGGUUGAAUCUGUUGCAGCAAUGGAGAGGGAAGAAGAUUAUGUUUGUUGGUGAUUCACUGAGUUUGAACCAGUGGCAAUCCCUAUCAUGUAUGAUUCAUUCUUGGGUACCAAACUCCAAGUACAUUUUCAGCCCUUUCAGAAAUGGCAUAGCUUCAGUCACAUUCCAGGACUAUGGUGUUCAGAUGCUACUAUACCACACAACCUACUUGGUCGAUCUUGAUAGCGAGAAGGUUGGAAGAGUGUUGAAGCUCGGCUCCAUCAGGGGCGGUAACGCCUGGAGAGGCAUGGACGUCCUGAUCUUUGACACAUGGCAUUGGUGGACUCACACCGGAAGAACUCAACCAUUUGACUAUAUACAAGAUGGGGGUAAAUUGUACAAAGAUAUGAAUCGUCUGGUGGCAUUUUACAAAGGACUGACCACUUGGGCAAGAUGGGUCGACCGGAAUGUUGAUCCUUCCAAGACCAAGGUCUUCUUCCAAGGCAUCUCUCCCAUUCAUUACGAGGGCAAGGACUGGAAUCAACCAUCAAGGUCAUGCAAAGGUGAAACAACACCAUACUCAGGGACAAGCUACCCAGCAGGGAUACCCCAGUCUUGGGUAGUUGUUAACAAAGUUUUAAGUAGGAUUAAGAAACCAGUUUAUCUUCUUGACAUUACAUACCUCUCACAACUGCGUAAAGAAGCGCACCCUUCUGUUUAUAGCGGCCAGCAUUCCGGCACAGACUGCAGCCAUUGGUGUCUUCCGGGACUUCCAGAUACUUGGAAUGACUUGUUUUAUGGGGCUCUGUUUGGUUAAGACUAAACCUGCAGAGCUGAGCAAUGUUGUAUUUAUUUAGAGUCGUAUUCUUGAAACAAAAGAAUACUCAUUGUUUAUCGGAUGGUUAGAAAUUAGGCAUUGUUUAAGGUUCUUUGCAUUUCUUGUGCAUUUGAUAGGAAUAAGGGAGUUGGUGAUGCAAUUGUAUAUUUUCGUUCUUAUAUAUUGGCAGAGAGUUCAUUUGAAUUGUGGAAGUGGAAAGCAGCCUUCAGAGUAAUUAGGAAAACGCUUGUAGCCAAUUGUUUGUUUAGAGAUGAGCUCAUUUCAGAUGUAACUAUGUAAUGAUUAAAUUGAAUGUAUGAUGUGCUUCUAAG